UUCUUAUUUUCCUCCUUCGACUUUUGCUUUCUCUUCCCUCUCAUUUCUCUCUCUCUCUCUCUCUCUCACUCCUUCCUCUCACAUCUUCUUGUUUCUGAUAUCUGACCUAAUCGUCUGAUCUGUAUCGGCACCACCACCACCCUCCAUAUCCAAAGAGAAGAUCCCUCAAGAUCUGUUGUGGUCUCUCUCCUGUCGUAGAUCUGAACCGGUAGUAGUGUCAACGCAGCCGGAGGAACCCGAGUUCUUUCUCUUUUUUGCUGCUGACCUUUUCCCCUCGGGGGCUAGCGCGUGCAUAGAGAUCCUUGUGGAAGAAGGAAGGAAGGAAGGAAGGAGGAAGAAGAUGACUCCGGCUAAUUUGGCAGGGCAGUUCGGGGACACCACGUACACCAAGGUGUUCGUGGGGGGGCUGGCUUGGGAGACUCAGAAGGACACCAUGAAGAAGUACUUCGAACAGUUCGGGGAGAUUCUGGAGGCCGUCGUCAUCACUGAUAAGGCCACUGGCAGGUCCAAAGGAUACGGCUUCGUGACGUUUCGAGAGCCAGACGCUGCGAUGAGAGCGUGCGUGGAUGCGUCUCCGGUGAUAGAUGGGAGGAGAGCUAACUGCAAUCUUGCUUGCCUUGGCCUCCAAAGAUCCAAACCCUCCACCCCAAAAACCGCAGGUGGAGGAGGGAGGAAUAUGAGGGGGAUGAGCGGAUUCCAGACAGGAGGGUUUCAUGGAGGUGUGGGAACAGCUUUUGCUUCUGCAGCAACCUUCCCCCAUUAUGCGCUCCAACAAGGCUUCCCAUUUAAUCUCUAUGCUGGGUACUCCUCCUAUUCACCAGAUUACACUUACCCCACGAGCUACUAUAGCGUGUAUGGAGGAGCUGCUGCCCAGUACCCGAUGUACGGGACCGGGCCGAAUGGGCUCAUGAGUGGUGCGGCGGCAGCGGCGGCGUUUUACCCAUAUGUACAUCUCGCCGGUGAAGGGAGCAGCGGAGGGUCGGGCUACAGUUCGGGCCAGAAUUACGGAGUCCAAUACCCGCACCACCUCUUCCACUACUCGGCCAUCAACUCGACCUCGGGCUACCCGGCGCAGCACUAUGCAGCGCCCAUGUCUCUCGCGCCCACUCCUGCUCUUCACUCAGUGUGUUUUGCUGUGCCACAGGCGUGACGAUGGCUCUGCAAGCCCCAAUACCACAUCGCUAGACUGGACUCGUCGUCGUUUUGGUCCCAAGUCUUCUUUACAUUUUUGCCCAGCCUUCUUUGAAGCCUCAAAGACCUUAAAGUCUAACCAUGGUUCUGUGUGUCUCUCUCUCUAUCUCUCUCUCUAACACUCAUGAGCCCAUGCCUUCGGCAUUCUCGGGCCAUCUCAUUCAUGCCAAGCCCUCUGUCGGGGCCAAAAAAUCACCUCCAAGAGAAUUGGGGUGUGUUUCAUGCAUCAUCAGCAUCAUCAUCAUCAUCAUCUCCUUGCAUUUUUUUCCAAACAAGGAUUCAUGGCCAGCUCAAGCUAUGUUAUGGAAAUAGCCCAGAGUUGGGAGGAGAAAAAAAAAAAGCUCUUUUCUUUUUUCAAAGUCUUGGCUCUUGGGGGAGCCUUUGACUAAUGAGAAGAUUAUUUUAGCCCUUGGGAAAGAGGCUAAUAAUAGAAAAAGGAAAAAAGAAGAAACCCUUCAAAAAAGGUUUGCUAAAAAUCUGUAAAUUUGUCACCAACCAAAAGAAAACAAAUGGCAAGGCCAUCCUCACUUUUGGAAGACUAGUCUAGGCUAGGCUAGGAAACUGGCUAAUCCCUCCAAGUUACUUGAAACUAAUCAUCUCUCAAAAUGAAGGGUUAGUUUUAGGAAAAAGAAAUUUAGGGCCAGGUGGGCCCCAAAUUUUGUCUGUCUUAACAUGUAGUACUGUCUUAAACAUCUGUAAUUAGCACUAGGAGUUAGCCGGGCGUUUGUUAAAUACUUCACCGUCAAUGGUGAGUUCUCACAUAAUCUAUCUGCUAAUCAACCAUCAUCCCUUAGGGUAAGGGAACAUAGUCAUGUCUUUGUUAAUUUUUCUCAAAACCUUUUUUUUUCUGUAGCAUCAAUGGGGGUUGAACCAUGGGAGGUCAAGCCCCAUCAAAGUAGAGACGGGUAGGAGGAUUAGAAUAGGAAUUUCUCAACCUUUUGCAUUUAGGGUUUGUAAUAACUGACCAAAACUUUGAGGUCUCCGUUAAUGGAAGAUGGAGCUCAGAGCAUUUUGCAUGCAACCCAGAUAGGGAUAUAUUUUGUUUCCCUUGGGUUCUUCUUCUCCGCUAACACCCUUUUUCAAGUUUCAACCAUGGUUAGGACUUUAAAGUCAUCAGUCGUUAUCAUCACCCUUUCUCAUUGAAGCUCCCACCUUCCAUACUCCCACUCCCUCUUCUUGUCCAUCUUCCAUUCAUCUUCUCCAUCGCAUCAGCUCUCUCUCUCUCUCUCUCUGUGCAAACUUUCGUUAUUAAUUCUGUGGACCUUGAUAAUGUCGUCGAUGUAUUUACAAGACUGCUUGGAUUGUAAUGUUUUAGCUAGCAUGCUAUGUUGGAUAUAAGUGGUUCAUUCAUCAUUCAAGGUUGGAUGAGGAUGAAUCAGCUACUCCUUUCCUAAGUUUAUUGCCUUAAAUCGAGACUUUCAUGCGUAUUAUGUUGUU